AGUAGUGACUACUUUAACUGUUUACUGUUUAGCGUCUUCAAAGUUGUAGUAAUAUUUUAAUUAUAUUUAAUAAAUAAUGUUGUUAUUUCAAUCGUUUGCUAGCGCCAAGACCUAUAUGUGAUUUUAUUUUUCAAGUCAAAUGAAUUAAUGUACUUCUGGCAUUCAGUUUUAAUAGAUCUUACACUAUAGACGGUCCGUCGGUAUAUAGGCAUGGCUAACAAGUCGACGGAUCCUGAAUCGCCGAUGAAAAGUGACAAGUUUGACAAAUUUUAUACAGAAGUAAAAGAGAUCGAAAAACGUGAUUCUGUGUUGACAUCUAAACAACAGAUUGAUAGGCUCCUGCGUCCCGGAGCUUCAUAUUUUAAUCUUAAUCCAUAUGAAGUACUCCAGUUAGACCAUGACACACCUUUGGACGAGGCGAAGAAGAAAUAUAAAAGAUUGUCUAUUUUGGUACAUCCAGAUAAAAAUCAAGAUGAUUUACAAAGAGCAAACAAUGCAUUUGAAACUGUUAACCGUGCAUGGCGAACAAUUAAUAAUGAUGAAUCUCGAAAAAAAUGUCUUGAGAUCAUACAAGAAGCUAAAGACAUGACUGAAUUCGCGAUUGCAGAAAAACGAAAAAAAUUAAAAAAAGAAGGCAAAGAUACAAAAGUUGAAGAAGAUGAUCCAGCUGUUAUGAAACGUAGUAUUUAUGUUCAAACGUGUAAAUUAUUUGCUGAUUUAGAACGUAAAAGAAAAGAUCAUGAAGCAAGAGAAUUACAAGAAAGAAAAAGGAAACGGGAACAAGAAAUAGAUGAAGAACAAAAAGCAACAGUGUCAAAAGAAUGGCAAAAAAACUUUGAUGAGUCAAGAGAAAGCAGAGUGAAUAGUUGGAAAGCAUUUCAAGAAUCAACCAAAAAGUCAAGUAAAAAAAUCAAAAUUUUUAAGCCACCUAAACAUAAAGCAGAAUCAAGAUAAAAAAAAACAGUUAUAAAUAUGUAUCACACUGUAAAAUAAAAUAAGUUUUUCC